AACAAAUAUGGCGACUGGAAGAUCGGUUUUCAGUGUUUUGCAUUAAGACAAUCAGGAAUCAUAUGACAUCAACAGCUAAAUAGGAUAUUAGUAUUUUGACGUGUGUAUCCUGAUUAGACACGAUGGCGGGCAAGAAGAAGAAGGGCAAGUCGGGAAAGAAGGGGAAGAAAGGAGGAAAGAAGUCGAAGGAGCCGCAGAUGACAGCAAGAGAAGCCAUAUUAGCCUACCGGAUCACAAUCACUGAACGCAAGCUGGAAGAUGUUCAUUAUGAAAUACGUGGCUGGGAGGAGAAGAACAAACGACAUCUCGAAAGAAAUGACAAGCUGAAAACUGAGCAGAAGUUAUUAAUACAGCACCUGCUGAAACAGGCGAAAAACGUGGAGAAAGUGUUUGAAGGUGAAGAGGUCAAGGACAGAGAUGAUGUCAUAGUGGCCAUGAAGGACAAGUGGCAGCGCCAGAGAGAAAGAGAGAAAGAACUUGAAGUGUUAAAGAGUGAGAUCGCGAAGAAGGAGGUGGAGACGGAGAAGAAGCAGCGUGAGGUUCACUACUGGGUCAACUACAAGGACAAGGAUCACCUCAACUACGAGACACAGAUCAAGGUCCUCGAGCAAGAGCUGAUGGACAUGCAGAACACGUUCGACGUGAUGGCAGCUCACCUUAAAAUGUCGUUGGAAGAAUCUCACACGGUCGUUGAGAAAUACACGGAGGAAACUCUCGCCAAGCAGAAAGAUCUCGCCACAGAGAAAGCAAUAGGGAAACUUGACAAAUACAGCCGACAGGAAGUCUUGGACAAUAACUGGCUCAAGAGAGAGGUGUUGAUUCACAAGCAUGAAGUCGAAGAACUGACAGAGCAUGUGAUGAACUUGGAGAAGUCGAACCUCGAUAUAAUGAGUCAGCUCUUUGAGUGCACGAUAGAUGAUCUCAAGAUAUCAAGACAGUUCUUCCUGACCCAGUUUGAGGACAACGAGAACCUUGAGGAGACUGGGAUCCUGGAGCUCGAUCUCGCUCAGCUUUCCUUCCCCGAGGAAUGUGCGGGGGACUUUGUCAAUGAACUCGCUGCUGAGGUCAAAGUGCGUCCGAAAAGUGCCAUUCAGAAGGCGAUAGAAAACAAAGUGUUUUCCCUGGUGACACCGCGCCCACCGGCAGACUCUGACUCAGAGGGGGAGGAGGAGGAGGAGGAGGAAGAUGGAGGUAUGCUGUGUUUUCUUUCUUCCUGUUGGUUCCAUCAGUUCCAGCCAAUAACAUGUGGAGGAAAAUGA